GAUAAGUAACGACAGCCACAGCCUUUAAAAAAAGUUGACGUGAAGUUUUCAUUACAACUUGACAUGGCCCUGGACCGCAGGCACAGCAUGGCUUUCAAGGAUCAAUUGUGGAUUGUGUGCAUUGUUUUAAUUUCAUGUGUCGAUUUAGUAACUUGCCAUAGGGAUUCUUCAAAAGCGGAAGGCUCACAACCCGAGCUCUUCAUCUUCAGCGAGGUGUGUGCCUUCAAGGAGGACGAAGGACCCUGCAAGGCAAGAAAGGAACGGUUUUACUUCGACAUCGACACAGGGCGCUGCGAGUCGUUCGAGUACGGGGGCUGCAAAGGCAACGCAAACAACUUUGAGAGCCUGGAGGCGUGCGAGGAAACCUGCUACGUGUCAGCUGACAAGAGCCCGUGUCACCUAGAGGAGGCUCCUGGCCCCUGCAGAGGACUGUUGACACGCUUCUUAUUUGACAGCCAGAGCCAGGAGUGCCGGAAGUUCUUCUACGGAGGAUGCUUCGGCAACGCCAACAACUUCAGGAGCUUGAAAGAGUGUCAGGCAAGAUGCCAGGACACAGGAAACACCAGUGAUGCCACCAAAGUUCAUGACCCCACCAGCAAGCCUGCCGUGCAACCGCUCAGAGUGACCGGCGAAUCUUCUCUAAGUGAAGCCCAAACAUUGCCAAGCAGUCCCCAAGCCAUUGACUUCAGCCCUCCGGAUGUGUGCCUGCGUCACGUAGACAAGGGCUCCUGUGACGGGCUGGAGAAGAGGUUUGCCUACAACCCCAAGACCAGUAGGUGUCAGAUGUUCCGCUACAGCGGCUGUGGCGGCAACAAGAACAACUUUGUCCUGAAGAGGCACUGUGUGAGGACCUGCAUGAAUAUGAAGAGAGUGAAGGAGAGUUGGAAGACCAUUCGCAUCAGGAAGAAAAACACCAACCUCCUGUUCAGGUCUGUCUGAACUCAGGACUUCCUCUUAAAUCAUACACUACUUUAAGUCCACUUCUAUUUAUGUUGAAUAUCUCACUGUUGUACAGUAUCUGAUCAUGCAACAGUGUAAACUUGCUUAAAGUAAUACACAUAUAAAUGCUGUGUUGUUUGGUACACAAAUUCUUGGCUAUAUGUAUAUUUUUGUUGUUGUGUUGAGAAAUAAACAUUUUAUGCGAUUCUGACCUUCAAAGACAACUUUGCUAAGAUGAGAAAUGCAUUAAAAUAACCCGACACAAAGCACUUAAUCUAGUCUCACAUCUUAACAUUUAAUCAAAUAAGUUUUUCUGCAUGAUAAUCAUUUUGUUUAAUACUAUUGCCAAAUAUAUUAUAUAUUCCUUAUUAGCAUUAGCAAUAGGCUAGACUGUACUCUGUGUCAUGCUUUUAUUAUCAAGGUGAAGUUUUAUACAUGCAGAUUACAGACGUUGUUGCAAGGUUACAUUUUGUCUUAUGAGGCAAAAUAAAUAGCCUACCAAGUAUUUAUAUUUGUCUAGUUGUCUCUGACAUUGAACUGUAUUUUAAUUCGUUUCAGUUGCUAUUAGUGGUAACUACCGACUCUCUUACAUCCACAUACACAAAUAGAACGCGGAGGGCAGUAUUGUACUUGAGUCCAUUUCGCAUUGAGACGUUGUGAUUAGAUGGAUUAUACAAACAUUAAUUACAAUAAAUGUAACAUUAAACAGGCUCAAGGUUUCUAUGAUAAGGACAUUAGUUCAUUGAACUUGACCCGAAUCUAUGGAUUUUUGGGGUCUUUUAUUCCAUCUCAUGAAACAUAGGACCGAACAUGUUGCCAUUACAUUUGUAUUCAAUGUUUGGGAGAUGGGGAAUGUGUGUCGAGAAUUCUAAAAGGAAAAGGAAAAACUACAUAGACAAUUGAAAA